UGGGCUUUCGGGCAACGGUGGCGAACUUUUUUGAAUCUGACAAAAAAUACCAACCAAGCUGAAACCGUGCUGAAGUAGAAAGUUUGGUUGCAAAAUUUAAGUAGCAUAAUACUAGCAUAGUUAUUGCUUUGGAUUUGUUAGCUUAUUGGCUUUUAAAAUUAAAAUAUGCAUAAAAUUACAAGUAAAGAUCGGUAUCAUGGAAAAAAAAUGAACGAUAAGCCAAAAAUAACUACAUUACCACCUGAUAAAGUGACUCCUGCUCCUGAACUUUCUGAUGAAGUUAUUGACCCUGAAACAAAAACAAGAUAUAGACGAGGAAAACUGCUUGGAAAGGGUGGCUUUGCAAAGUGCUAUGAAUUGACAGACAUUAGCACCAAUGUAUUGUAUGCUGGAAAGAUAGUGCCAAAGUCCUUACUGGUUAAAUCUCACCAAAGAGAUAAGAUGGCCCAAGAGAUUCAAAUCCACCGUGAACUGUCAUACAAACAUGUUGUUGGAUUUGUCAGAUAUUUUGAAGAUACCCAUUACGUUUACAUUAUUUUGGAGUUGUGUAAAAAACGGUCUAUGAUGGAAUUGCAUAAAAGAAGAAAGGCGUUAACAGAACCAGAAGUGCGGUUUUACAUGAAACAAAUUGUUGAUGCAUGUGUAUUUUUGCACAACAAGAAUAUCAUUCAUCGCGACUUGAAAUUAGGAAAUUUGUUUUUAAAUGAUGAUUUUCAAGUAAAGAUUGGAGACUUUGGAUUAGCCACAAGAGUAGAUUUUGAUGGCGAAAGAAAAAAAACCCUAUGUGGAACACCAAAUUAUAUAGCACCCGAAGUUCUUUGCAAAAAGGGGCAUAGUUUCGAGGUUGAUGUCUGGUCUGUUGGUUGUAUUUUAUAUACUUUGUUGGUUGGAAAGCCACCAUUUGAGACUACUUCUCUCAAAGAAACGUAUCACCGCAUCAAAAAGAAUGAAUACUACAUUCCAGCUAAAGUUUCGCAGGCAGCUCAGAUUCUAAUAAUAAAAAUGUUACGUCCUGAUCCUAGUACAAGGCCUUCCAUGAAAGAGAUUCAAGAAGAUCGAUUUUUCUCAGAUGGUUUUACACCAGUUAGUUUGCCAAACAGCUCUUUAACAAUGGCGCCAAGAUUUUCUUCGUCACACUACUCAACCGAGCGUCGUCCAUUGGCUGAUUGUAAUCGAGAUAUACUUUCUGCUAUUCCAGAAAUAUCAAAGCCAGCUUCAAAAGGUCCAGAGAAGAAUAAUGUCAGCCGUGCCGUUUUUGUUAAAGAUGGGAUGGGUCAUGACGUCGAUGAAAUAUUGGAUUUAGAUGGAGAUGGUGAACCAGAUGACUUCUACUUAACUGAUCUUUUGAAACUUUUGGAUCAAGUGUUAGCAACUGAUCCAGCUAGCAAGACUAAAAUUGAUAUGGAUGAAGCAGAAGACCCAACUUUGACGCCUGUGUCUUGGGUUAGCAAGUGGGUGGACUAUUCCGACAAGUAUGGUUUGGGUUAUCAGUUGUCUGACGGUAGUGUUGGUGUCUUGUUCAACGAUGCAACUCGACUCCUGAUGAAUGAAGAUGAGCGCAAUCUUCAAUAUAUCGACAAAGCAAACAAAGAAUCUUUCUUCACUGUCGACAACGCCCCAUCCGAGCUGUACAAGAAGAAAACUCUGUUGGAAUAUUUCCACAAUUACAUGAGAGAGCACUUGCUAAAAACUGGAUCUGGUGUCGAAAUAAAAGAAGGUGGACGUCUUCCAUUUUUACGAGCUUGGUUUAGAACACGCAGUGCAAUUGUGCUUCACUUGAAUGUUGGAAUAUUGCAGAUUAACUUUUUUCAAGAUCACACCAAAAUUAUUUUAUGCCCAAAGAUGGAGGCGGUUUCGUAUAUUGACGAACAUCGCAACUUUCGCACGUUUAAAUUAAGCGCUAUUGAGAAAUAUGGCUGCUCACGUGAAGUGUUCGUUAGAUUACGGUACGCAAAGACCAUGGUGGAGAGACUUCAAAAGAAAUUAAUCGAAGAGAGAGUAGAAAAAGAAACAGCGUGAUGGAGAGGGAACUUUUUUUGUAAUUUAUACAACAGCUCUCCACCUCGUGUCUGUUUUUUGCAUGGAUUAUAGGUGUAUGUCCGUUCUGCGAUCUGACGCUGGAACAGUGUACAAAAAUAUAAUGGCUCGUUUUUCAUAGCAUUUAGACUUCGAUACGUCAGUGAAUUUUACAAUGGCUUUGAUGUGUACAAUAUGAUUUUGUAUAUACUGUGUGUAGUUAGUUGGGUGUAAUAUGCAGUUCCCGUCGUUAUAAUUAUUUUAAGUUUAUAAUCCCAGUUAUAGUUUUUGCACGAAGUUAUUCGCGACUAGCAGAGGGAAAAGAAAGAAAACUUUUACUUAGUCAAGCUUACUAAACUUAUGUUCCUCGAUUUAUUAAUUGUAAAAACUUACUGUAAAAGAUUUGAAGUACUUUUUUAUAAUUUAAAUUGAUGAAAUUGUAAUAGUUUUCCCAAAUAUAAUGUAUCCUUUUC